UUUUUAUCAAAAAUUAAAGUAGUUCUAUCUAUAUGUAUAUUAUUUCAUAUCGCUAGCGGACAUAUUGUCGCUGGAUUUAUUUCCUCUUCUCAGAGAAACAUAAAACAAAAAACUGUCGACUUUUGUUGCAACCACCGCGUUCUUGGCUUAUUCUUACUUAUGUUAUCAUAACUACGCGUUAUUUUCUUAACUUAACUGAAACUAACUGAAUUUCACCAAAUAAAGUGAAAAAAACUAGUGGUUUAUAUAAAUUGAUGCAGUAUUAACAAAAGAAAAAUAAAAAAUAAUAAUAUAUGAAUUCAAAAACAGCUAAAAUUAGUUAUUAAAAUAAUGCCGCGUAUAAUUAAUGAAAAUGGCCACUCUUAUAUCGUUGAAAAGGUGUUACAUGGACGAAGUGAUGUGCAUUGCCGUUUACGCUUGCGAGAUCGCUGUCCAGCUCGUGGCAUAAAAAUUGGUAACAACCCUAUUACUUUAACGAAAAAUCAUUAUCACUCGGGAGUCUUGCGACUAAAUCAAAUGCGUUUAAGAUUCAAAGCUGCACUGACAGCGUCAGUCCGUCAGACUUUUCUUCCCUUGCAUGUAGUGUAUGAUGAAGUGGCUGCUCGUUUUGCGGAUCCGGUUGUUGCCAGUUCACCAUUUGAAACCGUACAAAGACUGAUGGCUAGUUCUCGACAAAGAUUUGUUCCUGAUGUUGUAGAUAAUUACGUUGAUUUAAUCAACACAUUAAAUAAUCAACAUUAUUUUCGACUACGCGAAUACUACACGAACUACUCGAUUGAACUUUCAGCUUUGCAUGAUGACGCCCUGAUUAUGGGAGAUCCAAGAUUGAUAGCUGAAUUUGCGUUUGAAACAUUUUAUUUUACGACUACGACGAGUGUCUUGCCUCAAUUAGGCAAUACGCGUUUAAUAACUAAUAUCGUUGCUCAAUACCAUAAUAAUGUUUUUCCUGUUGCAACAAUUUUAUGGUCUAAUAUGAGUGAAGACAUCGUUGCAGAAGUUUUAAACCAACUUUCUGCCGGAUAUUUAGUCCCCAAUAAUAUUAGAUAUAUUUUUACAGACUUAUAUCUGAGUGAUUGUUUGAAAACAGCUUUCCCAAAUGCUAAAGUAAUAAGUACAUAUGACAGUUUUUGUCGGAUGAUUCAUCAGCAAGCUAUCAAUCAUAAUGUUGAUUUUCAAAAUGUCGACCAAAAACAUUUUGUAAUGAAAACGAUAGGUAUUACUCUCCUUCCCGAAGACAUGAUGAUCGACGCAUUUGAUGACUUAGUCAACACUUUGAGUGUACCGGUUCGUGCAGCGCUGCAAGGAUUUAUCAAUUAUCUCACAAAUAGCUUUAUUAAUGGCAAUCUCCUGGUAAAUUUCUACAACUCUCCGAAUGCCUUUAAUAAUGCGUCGACAUUAGCAAAACGGGACUUACAGAACCGUGUAGGAGCUAAUCCUACCGCUUGGGAUUUUAUGAGUAAUUGA